AUGCCUAAACGCAUUCCUUUCCACGUCGUUUACGCAACAAGUGAAGACAGCAACUAUCCAGCAUGCGAACUAAACGCCCAAGGUCCAGCAGCGCGUGGAUGGCGGAGCGCUGGAGCUCCGCCCCACGAACUGCUCCUACGACUGACGUGCGUCACCAGUCUCCACAAAUUACAACUGCUGGCACACCAUCAGCUUAUACCUGCCUGCGUAGAGGUAUUGGUGUCAGGUGGGUUGGUGUCCGAAGGCGCGGCGACACCGUGUGGGGCGACUUACACUAGUGUGGGUCGCGUCUCACUCGCCAGACCAACACCACAAGCUCGGACGAGAGAACUCAGAUCUGCCGCUCUCCCAGAACCCACUAUAGCACGCUUUGUAAAACUCAGACUAUCGGGCCCUCAUCCUCCAGCCGGCGACAAUGAUCAGGUAGCACUGAUGGCCGUUAACGUUCUUGGUGAUGAAAUAGAUGAAGUUGGAAAUACCACGCCUGUAACCCCAAAAUCCGAGCCAACCUUUUCUCCAUACGAUGAUCUGGCGUUCGUUAUGUAUGUUGACAACGAGAUAGCCGAUCUGGUUAGGAAUUUAGAUGAAAAGAAAAAGACUGCUGUAUCUGAGGAACGAUUUGAAUACGCACGACGUCUGAAGUCCGCAGCAUCUGCUCUCGCUGCUGCUGGUAUACGGAUAGGUCGCUGGAGGCUACGAAAAAGAACUGCUGCGGCAAGAGACGACUUCGAGUUGGCGAGGAGGAUGCGAGACAGAAUUGCAGACGCGUUGACUGGAGUUAAAGAAGAUCCGCAGCUAUGCAGACUCUUCGAAGAGGAUGGGCCGGAUUCCCGCAAUGACUCGUCGAUGCCUCAAGCCUACGACUUCUCCCACCAUUUAUCACCAUCAGUGGUUGCCGGCUCCCUCAGUCUGGACAUACCAUCACCUGUUCCACCUAUUGACAACGAGGGCGAACCACCGGAGCAGGAAUUCGUAAACGGCGUAGAGGAUGAAGAAGUUAAUAAUGUUCCUAGUACACCACUGAAAACAAGUCAAGAAGAUAUACCGACACAAAUCGUUCAACCCCCUUCAGAACCUGUGGAGGAUAAAACACAUAUUACAAAGAAGGAAGAAGAAGAAUUAAGAAAAGACACUGACAGUCCUCGUAGGAGCAUUACACCAAAUGCUGCUAAUGGUACAUUAGUUAGACGAAGAAAUAAAAGCGCCGGACCAAGAUCGACGUUUGAAGCCUAUGAAGAAAGACUGUUACCAGCAUUGAGACAUUCGCACACGAAUGAGUUCCUCCGAGAGGCGCGGGAAGCCCGAGAGGAGGAGUGCAGUGGGGGCAGUGCCCCCGUGGCCCGGGCUCCACACAGGCUUACUGAAAGAGAGCGAAAGCAAGCUGCUCUACCCAUCCUGAUCUUUGGGUAUCCUUUGGUUGAGAAAUUCUACUCGAAGAACUAUUUGGACAAAGAAGAGGGCCUCUCCCGACUGCGUGGGGAACUAACAACGCCCUCAAACGGCAGCAGCAAGACGUCGCCCAACAAGACAGCGCGCGCCGCAGCCACGCUGCUGCAGAGAGCGCUACGAGAUAAAGUUUUCUCGGUGUACAGCCAAGCCAAUGAGGUCGUCAUCGCGCUGUUUAAGGAGUUUGUUCCGGACAGAGUUUGCGCAGCAGAAGUUGGCCGGUGUAUAGACAAGUUACUCCCAGAGCUUCUCAGAGCAUGUGGCGACCCUGCGCCCAGGAUACAUUCAACAGCACAGCACACCGUACUCACAGUGGCCGAAUGCCCGCAAGUCAGGAGUCUCCACAUCAUUCCGCAGCAGUUGGUGCGUCCAGUAACCGCCUCCAUGCAUCCACGGCUUGCGCUCUCUCGUCUGCAAAUACUCGAGCAGCUCAUACUUAGUCAUGGCAUCUCCACUGAUAAAAACAGCGGAUUAACAGUCCGUCGUCUUGCGGAAUGUGGCGCAGCUGGUGCCCAACAUGCGGCAGGAUCUGUACGGGCUGCGGCAGAGAGAAUACUGCUUGCGGCGUACACCCGCUCCCCCAGAGUCGUCAGAGCUCAACUGCCUCCAGACGAUGCCGUCACAAGACGCAACUUGAUCUACAGGCAUUUGUUCCAGCAGUUUGAUAGAAUUGAUAUGCAAAAAAUGCUAAACCAGGCACCUACAGAAGAAGAACUCUUGAACGGCGCGGACCAAUCAACCGCGGACACUGUUCACGAAACCUCUAGCAUCGCUCAAUCCACAAGAUCAGGCACCACUGCGUCUGGGAUGACGUCAUCAGGAAUGACUUCCUCGCUCAUGACGUCGUCAAUCGGUGCCACCUCCUCAUACAGCCUGAAGUCAAGCGCCAGUGGGGCCACUUUAGCUCCGUCUAGUUUGAGCGGUAGUUUGACAACUUCAAGAACAAAGAGUAGCCUAAAGAAAUCUCCUACGAAGAAGUAUACCCCCAGUCGGACUGCGAAGGAUUUUUCUAACUACCCUGGAUAUAACAAGUUAAGAUUGGACAGCGCUGUCAGCCCUAAACAUUCGCCAAGAACUACUGCUGUGGGUAAUGAAAAGGUACAUUUUCAAGAAAACCAAACGGAAGGAGUAAUAUACCGUCGAACAAAUCGUAACACGGAGAACCGACACUCGAUGAUCCACUACGACCACGACACCUCCAAGCCCCAGCUAAAGGAACGUCCAGUUACAGUUUACGAGCCUUUACAUAUUGACUAUAGAGACUCACCAACUAUUGGCUCGCCGAAAACAACCAAAAACGAUCGAAGUCUAGAUUCUCUACCAAUGGAUUCUCCACAAAUGUCCAGACACGAAUUGAGAUCUGAUUCGGACUGCAGAAGUCUGGACUCACCAAAGAUCAAAGCGGAGUUCUUUAAGGAUAUACCAUUGGAUUCACCGAAGUUGGUCGCUGGGUUGAGGAAUUUUCAUUUGGAGGAGAGCAGCCAGAUGGAUGAAAGUGGUUAUUAUAGUCCAGAAAGAAGACAACAGAUCGCUAAUAAUGAGCAGCAAUAUGAAAGCUACGAGGCUGUAGGAGUUGAUGUCAGCACCGAAACUACGCCUGAACCAGUGUGCAACACAACAUGCACGUGGUGUGGACGUCGUGUGCGCUCGACAGCGCUGGAGGUUCACUACUGGCGACGAUGUGUCCUGCUGGCUCGCUGUCCACAUUGCCGCGUAGCGCUUGAAGCGAGGGGACUCCACGCACAUCUGCUAGAAGAGUGUUCGCUCAGUGAGGGCCUGUGGAAGCCGUGUCAGAAGUGCGGUGCGGCGCUUCGUGUCGAUGAGAGCGAAUAUCACGUCAACUGUAUACCUUUAGGCCUAGAUGAAUGGAAAUGCCCAUAUUGCCUAACAAACGUGUUAGCUCGUGAUCUACCUUGGCAGCGCCAUCUGAUGCAGUGUCCACGAAACCCACGACGUUCACAAACUUAG